UUCUAGUUUCAUUUCAAAAAUCCAAUUUUAAACUCUAACAACACCUAAACCAGAUCCCUCAAUUUCCAACCUAAAAAUGUCAACCCCGACGGCGCGUGAGGAACACGUCUACAUGUCAAAGCUCUCAGAACAAGCGGAGCGUUACGAAGAAAUGGUCCAAUUCAUGGAAAAAGUAGUCACAUCGCUUUCCGAAACCGAAGAGCUCACCGUCGAGGAACGAAACCUGUUAUCCGUGGCGUACAAGAACGUGAUCGGCGCUCGACGCGCGUCGUGGCGAAUAAUAUCAUCAAUUGAACAAAAGGAAGAAUCUAGAGGAAAUGAGGAUCAUGUGAAAGCGAUCAAAGAGUAUAGGGCGAAAAUUGAAAAGGAAUUGAAUGAAAUAUGUGAUGGAAUAUUGAAAUUGAUUGAUGCGAAAUUGGUGCCGAAUGCGAGUAAUGGCGAUUCGAAAGUGUUUUAUUUGAAAAUGAAAGGGGAUUAUCAUAGGUAUCUGGCUGAGUUUAAGACUGGUGAGGAUAGGAAAGAGUCUGCUGAAAGUACUCUUAAUGCUUAUAAAGCUGCUCAGGAUAUUGCAAACACUGAACUCGCCUCGACACAUCCAAUCCGUCUAGGACUGGCUCUUAACUUCUCAGUCUUUUACUAUGAGAUUUUAAACUCUUCAGACCGUGCUUGCAGUCUCGCCAAACAGGCUUUUGAUGAAGCAAUUGCUGAGUUGGAUACCUUGGGCGAGGACUCCUACAAGGAUAGCACUUUGAUCAUGCAACUUCUUCGUGACAACCUUACUUUGUGGACAUCUGAUAUGCAGGACGAGGGAGCCGAUGAAAUAAAGGAAGCAGCCACCAAGCAAAAUGAAGACCAAAAGGAAUGAGACUGUUUGCACUUUCAUUGUUUUAAUCAGGAGACGCGGGUCGAUUUUAUUGCCUUGGAACUUCACUGAUUUAUCUUAUUUUCUGUUUCUUUUUAAGAAGUUUCAAUCAUCUUGCUUUUGGAUUGCGUUGAAUAGUCUUCUAUGCUUUUCCCCUCAAUUUGCUCUCUCCAUAAACCUUUAAAAAGGAGGAUUUGUUUUAAAAUUUUAAUAUAAUAAAUUUAAUAUUCUUGGGACCA